AAUCAUCCAAAAGAGACUACUUUACUUUCAGCAUUGUUAGAUCCUCAAUACAAAAAACUUAAAUUUGUAACAGAAGUUCAAUGUAAUAUGACAAUUGAUAAACUAAAUGAGUUGUAUCAAAUUGAGCAAGCUAUUAUUAUUGAAGAAUUAAAUAAUAAUUUAUUUGUUAGCUCAUCUAAAUCAUUGGUUAUAAAUAAAUCUUCAAGUACUAAUCAAGUUAAUUAUUCUUUACUUGGAAUAUAUAAAGAUUUAGAUGAUAAAAAUAAUCUUUCUGAUAAAGUUGCUCGAUACUUAGCUUUACCAAAA